AUGAGCGUUGAAGAAGCUGUGCUUCGUGUUGCGUUGAGGAAUGAUUUUCAUGAAGUGGUUAAAUUAUUGCAUAAUUCAUUAACUGAACAUAUGCAUCUCGAGUACGCUUUCUUCGUUAUCAAGCACAUUAUCAGUAGACGUUUCAUCGAUAAAUACGAUUUGGUACGACAUUUAAUUGCUAGGAUUCGUACCUAUCAACUGCCUUCAAAUGGUUAUGAACUGGAACUGAUCAAGCUUCAAUAUUCAAUUGCGUUUGUUGUGAGUUCUCUCAUACUGAUGAGUGAUAUAAUUGGUUUAAGAAGUGGAGGUGCAUUGCAGUCGGAGCAGUUGACCAUAAAAAUUAGAAAACUUCUCGCUGAUUCUGGGAAAUAUUAUGAGGUUGAUCGAUUAGCACAGGAGAGUCGCAUAGCGCUGAUGUCGAUAUUGAUGAAACAGAAGCGUGUGAAUCGUUUAAGGAGAGAGUUUUACGGUAAAGCUGAACGUAUUUCUGAGCAAAUCGAGGCAGGUUUUGAUCGAAUUCGCGUCGAUAUAAUACCGCCCGAACGUGAACUACCAAUCGAUCGUCGUUUACGUUGCUCUGUUGCCGCAAUUGCACUCUACAACGAGAUUGUAGAACGAGAUGGAUUUAGUGAGCCCACACUGCUCAAGUUUUUGAAUGCUUUCUCGAAUACACCACAAAUGAAUCUGAACUUUUUUGAAUCCUCCUCACAUGACUUAUUUUCACCGAGUAACUAA